CUCUAAUUCACUCGUCUCAUUGACUCGGUGUAAUUACGUAAACUCGUUCUCUACACUUUCUACAGGAGUUUAUUUUAUUGUUUUGGGGGCGUACAUGCAAAAAGAAAUGGAUUUAGUGUCGGAUUGCCAGGGAAAGUUGGCAAGUUUCCGAAUCAAAGAGCUUAAGGAUGUUCUCGCCCAGCUCGGUCUUUCAAAGCAGGGGAGGAAGCAGGAUCUUGUGGACAGAAUCUUGUUGGUGCUUUCAGAUGAGGAGGUUUCCACUGCACGUGGUUCAGCUAAGAAAAACAUAAUUGGGAAGAAUGGAGCGGUGAAAAUAAUUGCUGAUGCUUACAGGAAAAUUCAGAACAUGGAAUCGGCUGAUUUGCCAACCAAGGGACAGAUUGCAUUGGAAACCAUCAGUCUGAAGCCUGAAGGAGAAUUUGAAAAUUCUAUCAAUUCGGAUGUGAAGAUUUGCUGCCCCUGUGGAAGUUCAUUGCCUACUGAGUCCAUGAUUCAGUGUGUAGAUCCAAGUUGUCAAGUGCAGCAACAUAUUGGCUGUGUUAUUGUUCCUGAGAGGCCGUUGGAGGGCAGCCCACCAGUUCCUCUAUUCUAUUGUGAAAUGUGCCGAAUCAAACGAGCAGAUCCUUUCUGGGUGACUGUUGUACAUAUUCUAUCUCCUGUGAAGUUAGUUGCUUCAACUAUUCCCACUGAUGAUACAAAUCCACUACAGAAUGUGGAAAAAACAUUUCAGCUGACAAAAGAUGAUAGAGAUUUGCUACAGAAUACUGAAUAUGAUGUUCAGGCUUGGUGCAUACUUCUCAAUGAUAGCGUUUCAUUUAGGAUGCAGUGGCCACUGCAUGUAGAUUUACAGAUUAAUGGUAUGCAAGUUAGAACAGUUAAUAGACAUGGAUCUCAGUUUUUAGGUGCUAAUGGUCGUGAUGACGGUGCAUUUAUCAAAUUAUACAUCGGGGAGGGAAUUAACAAGAUUUCCUUGUCAGGACGUGAUGCUCGUGUUUUCUGCUUUGGCAUCAGGCUUGUAAGGAGGCGUACCGUUCAACAGGUUCUCAACUUGAUACCUGGGGAAGCAGAUGGGGAGGCUUUUGAGGAUGCACUUGCCCGUGUUUGUCGUUGCAUUCGUGGUGGGGAUGCUGGCACAAAUGAAGACAGUGAUAGUGAUGUGGAGCUCAUUGCUGAUUCAAUUACAGUUAGUCUUCGCUGCCCUAUGAGUGGCUCUAGAAUGAAGGUUGCUGGUAGAUUCAAAUCUUGUGCCCACAUGGGCUGCUUUGAUCUUGAAGUUUUUGUGGAGCUAAACCAACGCUCUAGGAAGUGGCAAUGUCCCAUUUGUCUCAAGAACUACUCCUUGGAGGACAUCAUCAUUGACCCUUAUUUCAAUCGCAUCACAACUAUGAUGAGGCACUGUGGAGAAGACAUUAUGGAGAUUAAUGUGAAAGCUGAUGGUUCUUGGAGUGCAAAAACCAGUGGUGCAUAUAGUGAUCUUGCGCAAUGGCAUUUCCCUGACGGUUCCUUUUGCUUUGUUAAUGAUAAAGCUGCAUCAAGUUUUGAAUUCCCAAGGCAGAUUAAGGAGGAAGAUGAUAUAAAAGAACACAGUGGUCUAAAUAUAGGUAUAAGAAAUCAACGUGGGUUUACGGUCAGCGAACAUCAGCAUGUUGUCCUCUCCUCCAGGAAUCGACUAGAGGCAAAUAACGAGAAUAGUGGCCAAAAUGUCAUAACAAUGUCCAGCAGUGCCACCAGUAGAAGUGGUGGAGAUGAUGAAAACCCAAGUAUUAAUCAGGACUCUGGGGGCCUUAUUGGAAUCCGAAUCUCUACCAAUGAUGGAAAUGAGAUCACUUCAAUGUCCCAUUCUGGCCCUACUUUUGGAAUUCAAAAUGGGAGUUCUGCACUAAGGGAGGAUGCAGACAUCAUAGUUCUUAGUGAUUCGGAAGAAGAGAAUAAUCUUGUGCGUUCUCUGUCUGCUCUUCCAAGUGUUCCAGACCCAUAUGUGGAAGAUCCAGCAUUGAAUAUUGGUGUGAGCUCUUGUUUGGGUCUCUUUAAUGUCAGUGAGAGUGGUAAUGGCAGUGAGAUUGGAUUGUCUCCCUGGCCAUAUUCUAUGGGUACUCAAGCAGGCUCUGCUUUCCAACUAUUUGGCACAGAUUCAGAUGUCUCAGAUGCUUUUGUUGAUUUGGAUCGUACUUCAGUUCCUUGUUCAGUGCCUAUGAAUGGUAACAUAGAAGCUUCAAGAUCAACUGUAAAUUCUGGUGGACAUAUCCUAAGUUCUUCUGUUUGCUAUACCAGUAAUGAAAUAGAUGAUGGCAUGGUUGAUAAUCCCAUGGCAUUUAUUAGUGAGGACCCCUCACUGCAAAAUUUCCUUCCGAUACAGUCGGCUGAGAUGUUGGAGCAGUCUAAUGUUGAACACCCCCAUCCUGUAUUGAGUGGUUUUGAGGAUUGGAUUUCUCUUAGGGUUGGAAGCAAAGGUGGAAUUGUUGACACUGAUAUUGGGGCUCAUGCAGUGUCUGCAGCUGCAAAUGGGCUAGGUUUGAGAAAUCCUAAUGGAUCAAACGAAGUUACUACAAAUACAGAUAUGAAUGAUGAAGCUAGGUCUAACAGGACAAAUAGUAGGACAUUGUCAGGUGGCCCUUUCUCCUUUCCUCGCCAGCCACGGUCCGUGAGACAACGGACGGGUGUUUUUCAAUAGAGUCAGACUGAGUAGAUAAGCAGGACCUUGCUUGAAGUUUUAUUAACAGUAUUUGCUUGGGGUGGUGCCAAAUAUGAUGCAUUUUGUUCCAUCUCUUGCUUUAUUACAAAGGAAAAGCAAACAUAAUCCUUCUAAUAUAUUCAACAUCUCUGUGAUGCUCAAAGCUUAGCAGUCUUGAUGGCAAUUGGAUUGAUCUUCUCAUCUGCAUCGUGGCACUGGCAAUUCAGGAAUUGAUCUGUGUAAAGGUUUGGCUUUGUCCAGAUGCAACAAUCCAUAACUGCAAAAUAGGAAAGGAGGCAGAUUGAUUGCAUCCUUCCCAGAGAGUCAAUCUAUGGAUAUUGUGGGAAGCCUUAGCUCUGCUAUUGGGGCUCCUUUUUAUUUGUCCCAUUUGACCUACUAGUCAAAAUGAUCUGGAAAUGUUUUAGCAUACCAAGAUUCUUCCAUAAAUAGGAAAUUCUCAUGUGCUUUAUGUUGGAGGCACCGAACACUGAUCUAACCCCCCAACCGCCUUCUGUCUGUCAUUAGUAAUCUCAGAGGCAUAAUAGCAAAGUUUAAUUGUUCAACGGUAAGGGUUAGAAAUGUGGAACCCUUGCUAUGGUAUAUUGUAUUCUGUAGAACUAUUAUGAGUCAUGAUGGCUGGUUUCUUGCAAGAAGCUUUCACUUAUAUUUAUACUUGUACAGAAAACGCUUGGGUCUACUAAAGUAUUUUUAAUUAAAUUCUGAGUACUGUCCUCUUUGUUAUAAAGAAAAGAAAUAUGGAUGUGUACUUCGUUCUUCAGUGAAUAUUUGGUAGCCAAAAUCAGGGAGAUUGGGAAGAAGAGAUUUAGAACGGAGUGGACUGCAUAAAGACAAUAAUUAGACUGUAAGA